UUAUAUAAAGCGCUUUGGAAAGAAGGAGAAAACGACGCGUCAGAGAGGUUGUUUUCUACAACGGGCUGUCCACAGGCUGCGCUCCAAACUAACCCCACAUCAUGACAUGUUUCAUUUUUUAAAUAAAAAUUGAAAAAAGAAAUGAUCGCGGCCGAAAAAAUUAUCGAGCUCAUUUUUUUUUUAUCGUGCGAUUAAUUGAUUUAUCGACUAUCGCGACAGGCCUAGUUAUAACAUUUAGUUUCGUCUCGUUUUGGUCAAUGAAAAUGAAGAGACAUUUUAGCAUAGUUUUUAUUUUGAUAACCACAUUUAGUCUCGUUUUUUUUUUGUCAACAAUAUUGCAUUAUACAUUAAUAGUCAUCGUCACAUGACCAGCAUUUACAUUGCGUCUCGUUUUUGUCAUGUAAUAAAGAUUCCUUGAUGACAAUAUUUAGUCAAUUUUCAUUGACAAAAGCAACACUACUACUGGUCAGAGGUUUGGAAUAAGUUUUUUUUUUUUUUAAGAUUUUGAACAAAGUUAGCAAGGUUGCUUUUAAUGGAUGAAAAAUACAGUUAAAACAGUGAUUUUGUGCAAUAUUAUUAAAGUCUAAAAACAAGUUUUCUGUUUUAAUAUGAACAUUCCUUUUAAUUACUUUAAUUACCAAAUGAUACAUGUCUGGAGAAAAAAUCGAUACAGCUCACCAUUCAAAUAACAGCAUUCAAUUAUUUUAAAGGGCAGUGAUUCAUUUUCUAUACCCACUGUAUAAUUAAAGUAAAAUGGAGGAUCUUUAAAUAUUUAAACAUUUAAUAAUUUAUAAGAAAUAUUUUCUGUAGUUGAAAGAACAGUGACUAAAAAACAUGAUUAAAACCAUAUACAAUACAAUAUCUUGAUGACUAGUAUAUGUGAAUAUGUUGGCUAAAUAAACUACAGUUUCAGUGGCAGGUGAAAGUUCACAGCUGUUUGAAAUGUUGAGCCUGAUGGCGGUAACUAGAGAGUAUUACCAGUAAUCGGUGGUGAAUGGGUGGGCUUGUGUGAGUCGCUCCUCGUGGCUGAUGGGUGGGCCAGGGCAGAGGUCCUAAUCUCACACGACCAGAAGGGUGUGAAUGUGCAAGACUGUCUAUGGCAUUUAGGAUGGGAUGUUUUGAAAUUGAUUAACAGGCAGUUAUUAACACACACACACACACACACACACACACACGUACAACACAUCUACGCAUUCCUGUCAUGACUGUCACCUCUCAACAGUUGCCUGAUGGUAACAAAGUGUGCAGCAUAAGUCCUGAAAAAAGUAGCCAAAACAUUUUGAUCGCCCCCAGGUGGCUGGACCCAGUAUUAAGUCAUAAACCCCGCCCUCUCCAUGAAAUCUAAUGGGACAUGAGACCAACUAAAGAAUUAAUUUACCCAUCGAAUAUUUUUUUUAACAAAGAAUUUAUGUAGUUUUCAUCACACUAAUGUAGUAAAAGAUUAGUUUUAGUUUGUUAUUUGAUGCUAUAAAUACGGGAAUGUGACGUCAUGAUUGACAGCCUCUGUUUUUUUUUUGUUUUUGUUUUUUUGUGAACGCAAAAAGUCUCUACACAAAAAAAGUUGUCUUAGUUUGUGGACAUAAAAAGUGUGUUUAAGUCCUUAGAAUCUCUUUUUUAAUGAAGGACAUUUGUUUUGUCUCAGGGGGAAGUGUGUAACCCAUUCAGGUUUGGGGAAACUACACUGGCUCAGUUUAUCUGUGGCAUAUUUAGCUGCCCUUCUGUUUUUGUUUUUUUGUUUUCACCAAAUAUAUAUUUGGUGGAAUUGAAUGGAAAGCUAUGACAUCAGAGAUUAGUUUUCGAGGUGCAACUGCCUUGUAUGCCACACAAUGUCAAAAAACAGGAAACAAUAACUGAUCUGCAUGAUUUGGUCUAGUUCUGAAACUAUGUUUGAAAAUAUAUACAUAUCAAGGGUUGUUCUUUUUAUGGUUGAUAUGCUUGUAUGCUUCUCUCUCUCUGUCCAUAGACACGUAUGCAGAGUUUACAGCCAGACCCAAAGGCUCAGUACCGCAGUGUGUACGGUGCACUGAAGAGGAUCGUGCGGACAGAGGGCUUCCUUCGGCCCUUGAGGGGCCUCAAUAUCACUGUGCUGGGGGCCGGUCCUGCACACGCACUAUAUUUCGCCUGCUACGAACAGAUCAAACGCAGCCUUAGUGACGUCAUACAGAAUGGAGGCAACAGUCACAUUGCUAACGGUGUUGCAGGAAGUGUUGCCACUGUCCUCCAUGAUGCCAUCAUGAACCCAGCAGAAGUGGUGAAGCAGAGGAUGCAGAUGUAUAACUCUCCGUACCGCAGCCUGUAUGACUGCGUCCUGACGGUCAGUCGCAAGGAAGGACUGGCCGCUUUCUACCGCAGCUACAGCACUCAGCUGACCAUGAACAUCCCCUUCCAGGCCGUCCACUUCAUCACUUACGAAUUCAUGCAGGAACAUUUUAACCCCCAGCGCCAGUACCGACCUGAAACGCACAUCCUGUCCGGCGCGGCGGCCGGAGCCGUGUCCGCUGCUGUAACCACGCCGCUAGACGUGUGCAAGACGCUGCUAAACACGCAGGAGAACGUGGCGCUCAGCUCCGCACGAGUCAGUGGACCGCUCUCUGGCAUGGUCAACGCGCUCAGGACGGUGUACCGGCUGGGAGGCGUGCCGGCCUUCUUUAAAGGCGCAAGAGCACGGGUGAUUUAUCAGAUGCCGUCUACGGCCAUCGCCUGGUCCGUGUACGAGUUCUUCAAAUACUCUCUGACCCAGCAGGAACAACACAUCCAGGAACUGGGGAGGGGAGCUCAGAAGGCCAGCCCUACAUGAGUCCGUUCAGCCCAUCCAAAGAGUGAGCGUGAGGAUCAACGGACAAUGGAAGAAUGUAGACGCUUAUUUCUAAUGCAGUAGACACUCCAGCAGCUUCUGUGUUUGUUGCUAAUGUAUUAAUUUAUUGGAAGAGUUUAAUGUUGUUACAAGGAUGUAUGGAGCUGCACACUACAGAACGUUCUUGAAAACAUGAUGGAAACCGAAAGGUAAAGAUGUGUAAAUGUUUUUUUUUUAUUCUCACUUACAUAACAUAUUUAUGAUUGAGCAUGAUGGUAUAUCUAUUUUUAUAUAUAUAUGCGCGCGCGCACACCAUCUGCUCAACGACACAAACCUGUGAGGAAGAACUUUUUUAAAUUUUAACUUUUAAAUAUUUUAGGGGUUCAGAGGAGUUUGCUUUUAAUACUUUAGUGUUUUAUUUUUUAUUUUAUUUUUAUAUAUAAUUUAAGACAUUCCUGAAUCCUGUUGCGCAAUAAUCAGACAAAUUUAUAUUAUUAUUGCUAUUUUUUAAUUAUUAUAAUUGCCUAAUCAUCUAUAAAAGCUGCUUCCAACUCCACAUUUACUAUUUAAAUUUGCAACCACUUUAAAUUUGUUGUAUUGUCUUUUUUAUUUUAUGUUUUGUCUUUUAAGAAAAUAUUGAUGCUUAUUGAUCUUAGUCAGGGAAGAUGACAAAAUUAAUUUGAUUAAAUGUACUGAUGAAGUACUGGAAUAGGUUGUAGGUCACAUCUAAUUAAGAGUAUUCAGAGUAGAAGUAAUCAAUGAACAAACAGACUCUUUUUUUUUUUUUUUUUUUUUCACCUUCGAUUCAGUUUCAUAAACCCUGACAGAAGUUCUUAAACUAGAUUACUCCGUUUUCAUGCAUUCAAUUUAUCCAAAUAUUUUUCGAUUGUCUAAUCUAUUAUUAAAUUUGGUUUCCAAGGAACUGGAUUCUAAUUUAAUGAAAUUGCCUGAUUGCAUCUCACUAAAGCACUUGUGAUUUAUAGUGUGUGUAUUCCUCUGUUAAUGCGCUCAAUUAUUUUCACUUUAGCAGUGGAAGUUGAAAGCUGAAAUGAAUGAGUUUUUUUUGUGUGUGUGUAAUGACAUUUCUUUUAUUGUUUUAGGACAUAAUUGUCAAUGAUGAUAUAUAUUUCCAGUCAAGCCUGUGAUAUAAUUACGAGGUGUGAUCUAUGCAGUGGGUUUGUUAAAACCCUGAGCGUGCACUAAAAUCCCAAACCCAGAAUGAAAUCCUUAGUCCUUAAUGAGGCAGAUAAAAGGUUUCAUAGCUGUGACAAUCUGUUUUAGUCUGCGAGCAGAUUUAUUCUGUUUCUGAGCUGUUUGUGAAUCUGCAGCUGACUGAUUUUUGUUCUUUGUGUCGCCCAUUCAGAUUAAAGCUGGCCUUGAUUUCCAGAAAUAGACCUUAGUCAGAGUAGAAAGCAUAGUUAAUGUGUCAUGAAUGAAAACAAGGCUGUGGGAGACGACAGUGUUUUGUUGUCCAAAUGAUUGACAAGCAAAUGCAGGUUCGACUAACUGAGAACGAAUUCUGUAAUUUAAAGCUUUAUUUAAUAUAGAAGCCCGUUCUCACCACUAAAUAAAAUGUUUGUUUUUUUUUUAAUUGUGAGAUAUAAACACACAAAUCUGACUUUAUAUUUUUCUCGCAAUUGCAAUUCUGACAUUGUAACUUGCAAUUGUGAGUAAAACAGAAAGUCUGAAUUAUACAGUAGAUAUAAAAUCGCAAUUGCGACAAAACAACUCCGAAUUGGAGGUGCAUGUUCUUUGCAAGAUAUGAACUCAUACUUACCUUGUUUUAGUUUUUAUUCGGUGGCAGAAACAUGCUUCCAUAAUUUAAGGCAAUAGUUAACUGAACAAUGUAAAUUUUCGAGUCAUUUGCUGACUUUUAUGUGAAUCCAAACUGUUCUUCCACAAAACACAAAUUAAGAUAUUUUCAUAUUUUUCAUCCAUCCAUUGAAAGCCGUGAAAACCAAUAUGUUCAAGCAUCAGAAAGUUCAUAAAGAAUCAAAGUAAUUAAUAUCUAUCAAUGUAUAGACAUAAAUUAUGAGAGCAUGUUAAAAAUAUCUUUAAUCCCUUUUGGUUUGGGUGAGUAGAUCCAUCCUUUUUUGGGUGAACUAAACCGUGAAACUUACAUUCAGUCCAAAGUUUCUAAGGCUUUACCCAAACCGUUCUCUCCUCAGAUUUCUUGAAUGAGGCCCAAUAUGGCAGUAUUAUAGUUUUACAACCAGAAAUUAGUUUUCAUUCCCAUCAAAUUACACAUGGCACAUGCUCUUGAGGUCAGUGAGGAAUUUGCACUGGAAUCACGGACCAUCAUCAAGCGAGUAGAGGAACGCAUUUGUAAAUAGUGUAUAGUAUUCUUAAGAGUGGUUCGUUUUGACCGCUUUCGUUUGAACUCUAUUUUAUGGGACUUUUAAUUUGAUCAGACUUUUAGCUCUUGAUUGAGAUGAUACACAUGUAUCGGGCGCAGGACGUCCUGUUAGUGGACCAACAGAUGAAACGCACACCGAAAGCAUCCUGCAGCCCUAGGUAUCUCCGCGCCAGGGUUUCGUUUGCCUCUUCAGACGUUCGUCAGCCGUUUGACAGUGUUCAUACUGUAUCUCUGCAGUCGUUUCAUGGGACGGUGUGUGAGAGGGUGUCUGGAUGUACUCUGAGCUGACUGGUUCAGCUUUAGCUGUGUUCUGAUUGGUCUGUGCCUUUCUUGUGUCCCCUCUCACUUCCUGUUCCCUUGGACUUUUGUCCUCGGCUUUCUGUUUAUUUCCUCUCAUAAGGGCUGGAUGUUACGGAAGCCCGUUCCCGCCACUAAAUAAAAACUAAUGAAGUUAAUUGCAACUUUUUAUUUCACAAUUUAGACUUUUUUUCCCUCAUAAUUGUGAGUUUGUAUCUUGAGAUAUAACUUGCAAUUCUGAGAAAAAUAAGUAAUCAGACUUACACGUUUAUAUCUCGCAAUUCUGACUUUGUAACUUGAGUGUUAUACAGUCAGAAUUGCAAGAUAUGAACUCGCAAUUGAGAAAAACAUUUAAUUGUGACAUAAAUGACCAAUUACCUUGUUUAAUGUUUACUGAGUGGCAGAAACGGGUUUCCGUAGGAUGUCCCUAAUGCCGGUCCAGUGUGGUUUUUGUUUGUUUGCCUUCUGAUUAAAUGCUUUUUGGUCUAUUACUUGAUUUGCUGUGUGUGUCCAGACUAGUUUGUCCACUAGCAUCUAAGAACCAAAGAAAUGGACGACAUCUCUCACUAUUAUUACAGUAUCGCAGGGUUGCCAGGUUUCCACAACAAAACCUUUCCAAUUGCUCCCCAAAACUAGCCCAAUCGUGUUUCAAGGGAGAUCUCAGCUAAAAAUCUCAUUCCGGUGGGGUAAAGUACACGGUUUUGGUGGGGUUCCCUUGGGAAAAUUCACAUUUUAGGGGCUAAAUCUCACCUGUUGGGGUCACUUUAACCCACAGACAUGAAAAACAACCCGCGGCAACAGUGUUAAAGUAGCCCAAAUCCACAGGAAAACUGUGGACUUGGCAACACCGCAGUAUAACUUUAUACAUCACAAACUAACACAUGUCUUCAUUUGACCUGUCAAAUCAGUGAACGAUGAUGUUAGCAUUUGACAUAUUGAGAUUUGUAUAGCAAUGCGUUUUAGGUUUUCAUUUUUUAGGAUGCGUAGUUGGGUCAUUACAACAGAGAUGAUGGAUGUGGUGAUAUUUAUCACCAGGGACAACACAAAGCAGAGUUUUAUUUUAUCUGACUGAUCAAGGGCAAGUUUCCGUUACCCUUUGGCUCCUGUGGUAGGGUGGAAACCCCAUGGGUUUGCUUCUUCAGGGUCCAGCAUUUUUAAAAUGCUUCCAAUCUGUAAUUGCUCUGCAAAAACAGCUGUUUUAAAAUACACAUUGCAUUCGAAACCAUUUUAAAUGUCAGUUUUCUUAUUUGGGUCCAGUAUUAUUAACACCAUUCCGUUCGUUCUUUGUAUGUCGAUCUUGUCUGAUCAUCACUAGGUACCAUGUUUUGAGCCUUAUCCUGAUAUUUGUAGUCUCCUAAAUAUGCAUCUUGAACCAUGAACCAUGUCUUGGCCGCUCUAUGCGCACAUUGUAGAAGAAGUGGGAGGAUUUUGGUGUUAAAAAUAGUGCCAUCUAGUGUACACAAGGUUUUUUGUUUUCUUUGUUUUUUUUUGUUCUGUACUGCAAUGAAAAUGUAAAAUGUAGACUCUAAAACUGAUUUGUGGAAAUGCUGCUACAGUUUGAAACACUGGAGCUGAAAUAAAAUGCACAAAGAUCAAA